AUGGCUCUCGAACAACAAGCUGCACCCAUCGCCCUCCUGCUCAUGGUCCUAGUCGCCGCGCCUCUCGCCUACCUCCUCCUCCUCCUCGUCGCCGCGCCUCUCGCCUACCUCCUCAUCGUCGUCGGCGGCGGCGGCAAAAAGAAGCCCUCUAGUGCUGGUGCACCCACGCUGGGCCGCGACGGCCGGAGGCUGCCGCUGCAGCCGUCGCCGCGGGGCCUCCCGCUGCUGGGCCACCUGCACCUCCUAGGCACGCUGGCGUCCCUGGCGUGCGCGCAUGGCCCGGUGCUGCUGCUCCGCCUGGGCUGUGUGCCCACCGUGGUCGUGUCCUCCAUGGCCGCCGCCGAGGAGGAGAUGCGGGCGCGCGACCUGGCGUUUGCGUGCCGUCCCACGAGCGCCAUGGCCGAGCGCCUCCUCUACGGCCGCGACAUUGUGUUCGCACCCUACGACGAGUACUGGCGCUAG